CUGCGCAGGGCGACCUCGUCUGCCUUGUGCUUCAUACCCUGUGCCCGUCCUUAUUCUCGUCCCCUUUGUUACCCUCCCCCUAAACCUCGCCCCGUCCCAUUCCUCAUCCCCACUUGGCUCCCGGCAGCCCGCCGGGGCCUUCUUGCCCUUCCUGCUGCUGGGAGCUCCAAGCAGGGCCAUGCCGUGGCUUCUGAGCAAGAAGCGACGGCAGUCGCCCUCCAGCAGCCCCAGUGGGCAGCCCUGGGCUGCCACCAGCUCCAGCAGCGCCUCCCAGCUCCGGGAGCAGGGGCUGGGCAGGCUGCACCGCGCGGCCGCCCGCGGUGACCUGGGCUGGCUGAGGCGCUGGCGCUGGUACGUCAAGGUAGUCGGCAUCGACAGGCCAGACCAGGAGAUGCGGACACCUCUGCAUCUGGCUUCAGCCAAUGGCCAUGCAGAUGUCGUCAGAUAUCUGCUAAGAAAGAACAGCCAGCCCAACCUCGCUGACAGCUUCAAGAGAACGGCCCUGAUGAAGGCAGUGCAGCAGGAGCAGGAAGAAUGUGUUGCUGUUCUGCUGGAACACGGUGCCGACCCCAAUCUGGCAGACGCUGACGGCAACACUGCCCUUCACCUGGCUGUGCUCUCUAAAAACACAGCUGUAGCAGGGCUGUUACUGGAGCAUCAUGCCAAGAGUGAUGCUCAGAACCAGUGGGGAUUUACCCCCUUGAAACUUGCAGCCUUGCAACAGCACGAGGAGAUUCUGGAGUGCCUUGUGAACAAAGCAGCUGACAGGCCUGCUCAAGCCCAGGGGGAAAGGACUGCUCUUGUGGUUCCUGGAAGCCACGAAGCUCACCUGGAGGAAGAUAAUCUGCGCUUGCAGGAGGAGCUGGACAGGGCUGGCGCGGAGCUGCAGGAGGAGGAAGAAAAGCAUCUUCAGUCUGAGCAUUGUGUUCCUGACUUGAAGACUGCUUUGGAUGCCAAGAAAAGAGAGGCAGUAACUUCUUCCCUGGAACUGCAGGACCUCCUGUUGGCAUCUUGUGAGACCAAUCCAACUGUGAACCAACUGGAAGAAGACGCGCAAGACUUUGCAAGUGAGAACAGCAGAUUGGAAGGCACUGUCCAGCAGCCAAGCGAGAGCGUUGGAGCCCUUCCGAGAGCCCUGCAAGCCUCUGCCUCAGGUGGUGAACUUUCCCAGCAGCUGGACAUGGAGCCUGGAACAGGCAUGCAGCUCGAGGCCCUAAACCAGGCUGUGCAAGAAGAGCUGUCCACUCUGCUUGGGAGGUGUGAACAACUGGAGAAGAGCAAAUGUCAGCUGCAAGAAGAGGUGACAAAACACCACCAUCAUUUGGAGACUUUGGUGCUGGAUGGCAGCCAAAGAGAACAAUGUACAAGAGAGGUGGCAGAAGGAGCUGACCAGGAAAGAAGUCCAAAGCUACAAGAGGUCAGCCUCGUUUUGCAAGCACAGGCAGCCCACCAGGCCCCACUAGGACAAACCAGAGACCAUCAUUGUGAUUCCGUGAGAAUCCAGUUGGAAGAAAGAAUUAGAAAUCUGGAAAGUGAAUUGGAGAGGGUCAAAAACACCCAACAAGAGAGAGCUUCUCGUAAAGAAGCAACACAGGGAGGGAUGGAAAUGUACAAAGAGCUGUAUGUGGAGGAAGUGAAAACCAGAAGAUGCCUGGCCAAGAAACUGGAAAGGCUGGAAAAGCUUCUGAGGAUAGAGAGCAGGAAACUCCGGGUUAAUGAAGAGAAAGGAAGUCAGUCCCAGCUGGAAGAAAUGAAGAAGAGAUAUUCUGAAAAGGUCAAGGAAGUUGAUAGAUUCCAAAGAGAGGUUGCUGAACUUUCCCAGCAGUUGGACAAGGAACGUGAACAGUGCACGCAGCUGGAGGCCAAAAAUCAGGCUUUGCAAGAAGAGCUGUCUGCCCUGCGUGGGGAGUGCGAGAACCUGGCCCUGGACAAAUGCCAGCUGCAAGAAGAGCUGGCAAAACUCCACCAUCAUUUGGAGACCAACGUGGUGGAUCGCAGCCAACUCGAACAGUGUAAAAGAGAGGUGGAAGAACGAGCAGACCAGGAAAUAAGACAAAAACUCCAAGAAGUCAAUGAGUUUUUGCAAGCACAGGCAGCCCACCAGGACACCUUAGAAGAAAUCAGAACCAGUCAUGUGGACUCACUGAAAAAACAGUUAGAAGACAGAAUUAGAGAUCUGGAACGUGCACUGGGAAGGACAAAAAGCAACCAAGCAGAAAGACCUUUUCAAAAGGAAUCCACCCAGGCAGAAGUGGACAAGUACAAAGAGCUGUAUCUGGUGGAAGCCCAAAGAAGAAAAAGCCUCACCAAGAAACUGGAAAGAGCUACUGAGAGACUUGCAGUGGCCAACACCAAGCUCUUUUUGGAGCGCCACAGAAGCAGAUCUGCGGUCACAAGCAGCGCUGUCAGCGGACUUCUGGCUGCAAGUCCACUUCUGGAUUCACCUGGCCUGGGACAUGUUGGCAUCAGUUUGGGACUGAGCAGAAGUCUGGCUCUCAGAACACCACCCAGACACCUGUGGUAAAGCCCAAGACUUCUGCUCAUCAGGACAUCCUGUAAGGGACCGUUCAGAUGGAUGGAACGAAUUGCUUCCUUUCCUUAAUUUCGACACCCACGGCCUAGUAGCCAGUUUCCUUAAUGGUGGCCUUCAAGGUUUGGUAGCAAAGACUCCAAGAUCAGCUCUAACCCAUCCCUACAUUGCUCAGUGACAAUGAUCCUUGUGGUGAAGGCAGCGAAACUGCUACUUAAAAUUGGAGAGGUGGUGCUGCAUUGGUCCCCUUGUUGUACGAAAGGAAUCGCUGGAGCUUUGGGGACAAGAAGUGCCAACGGCCACGACAACUGUACACAGGCAACAGUAUCGGAGGAACCGAGAUGCUGUGACCCCCAUCCAUCCAUCCAGUACAUCCAUGACAUCAUUGUGGGGGGGACACAGCAGAAGAAGUUUUCGAGAAAGGACAGAAGAUCAUCCAGAUUCUCCUCGAGGCCUGUUUUGCCAUCAAGAAGAGUAAGGUCAAGGGCCCUGCCCAAGAGAUCCAGUUCCUAGGGCUGAAAUGGCAAAUGGACGACACCAGAUACCAACAGACGUCCUCAACAAGAUUGUAGCAAUGGCUCCACCCACAAACAAGAAAGAAACCCAAGCUUUUCUGGGAGCCAUUGGCUUCUGGAGGAUGCACAUCCCAGAGUACAGCCAGAUGCUGGAGAUAAAGGUCCCUCCUGGAGCCUCUGGCCAAAGGUGCCUGGUGAGACGUGAGGGCGACCACUGGGUUUCUGGAGCCGAAGCCACAGAGGUUCUGAGGCCAAUUCCACCCCUGAGGAGAAGGAAAUCUUAGCAGCCUAUGAAGGCAUACGAGCAGCUGCAGAGCUUUCAGAUUCAGCAAUGUCCUCACUCCCGACAGACCAGGGUCCCCUUUCCAGAGUAAUGGAGGAGCACCGGGAUUUUUUAAUCCAAAAUUCCCGGAUUGGAAUGAAAUGCUCUGGAAAGGCUCUGGAAAUCAUUCGGUGUUCACAAUCAUCAAGGAAGAUGUUCACCAGGAAUUGCUGAUCACUGGCCUCCAGCUGGAUGUUGCACUCCUGAUCACCACCCCAGCCAGCAGAUUUCAACCAGCCUGCUGUCUGCUCAUCCAGCCCAUACUUCAUGGGCUUCUCUGUGAGGGAGCCCUGUCUGUGUCCACUAGUACACACAUUCAUUUGGAUUUUAAACAAUCAAACAGAAGUGAGAGUUUUAACAGCAGAAUUAUUUUUCAAAGGGAAAUAGAAGGGUAUGGCUUUGAUGGAACGAGUGCCUUCAAGCUCCAUUGGCAGGCACUGUUUGAAAACUAUUUGGGUGAUUUUUGAUAAGAAAUGAAAGAUGCAACAGCAGGAAGCCAUUCAGCAAUCCCUGACAAGGGAGGUCCACUGUCAAUUGCUGGGAGGGCCCCCACCUGUUUCUUUUAAUGGUGCUCCCAAAUCCCACCCCUUGGGCCUCCCAUCCCAUCCCAUCCUUUUUGGUCCCCUCAGGCAUCUCCUCCCCAGCAUCUGCUCUGUGUCCUACCCAGGGUCCCCAAACAUCCUCCCAUUAAUCAUUCCCAAAGCUUUUCUUUCCAUCCUUCCCCUCAGACCUUUGCCUUUCAUCCAGGUCACUGCCCUGGUACCUCCCAAGACCAUUCCUUGCCUCCCUCUCCACUCCCAACCAUCUCCCAGUGCCCUCGUUUUUGUCCUCCUCCAUCAUCCUCCUCCUGUCCCCACCAAGCCUCUCCCUUGCAGUGCCCAUGUCCCUACACUUGAAUUCCUUUCCCCUCCCCUGCAUCCCACACAGGGCCCCUUCAACACCCCAAUCCCAGUCCCGUGGGCUCCCCAGUUCCCCCCAGUUCAGCAUCUUUGGGUCCCCUCCUACUCCCCCCACCGUCCCUGCAGGCCCUGAAUUCCCCUGGCUCUCCUUGUCUCCAUCCCCACCCUGGGCCCUGCAGGCCCAGGGGUUGGAGGUGAAACUGGGGGCAGUGGGAGCAGGGGGAGCAGAAGGGAUUUUCCCCCUCAGACGGGGGCAGCCCUGGGCUGGGGGGGCUGGGGACCCCCGUGUCCCUCCCCCAGCCCCACAGGGACCAAUCCUGCUUAAACCUUUGCUCUCCUUGCCCAGGCACUCUUGGCAGGAACCCAAAAUGAUCUGCGGGAGGUGAGUGGGCCGGGGGGACUGGAGGGCAUCCAGUCUGGGAACUGGGGGACACUUUGGUCCCCCCAUCCCUCGCUGGCACCGGGGACAUCCCAGUGACCAGCCAGGGCUCCUGGUCUCUCUCCAGCUGCAUUUAGUGGACGUUGGGAUCCUGAAGAUGGCUCAGGCUCCCAAUACAUCCCACUGCACCCAGUGUGUCUCUGAGCCUGUGUUUGUCCCCAGCCCCCUGUGGUGGAGAAGGUGGUGGGUCCUGUUGGUGAGAAAGGCGUGGCUGCAUCCCUGGAUGGCUGAGGACUGGAAGUGGUGGUGACACCCGUGCCCUGUCCCCCUCCAGUGGCAUGAGGAGAUGAUCAUCCCCGGAAGAACCCCCUGAUUUCCCUCAGAGCCCAGGGGCAUUUCCCCAGAAUGAUCAAUAAAUCCCUUCAGCAAAGCUA